UGCGGCGCGCGGGGGGGGGGGAAAUCCCGGGCCGACUGGAGUCGCGACGCGACAGGGUUGAACAUCGAGCAGCAACAACAACACUCGCAAAUAACAACGUAACAAUGUUGGACUUUUUCACGAUAUUCAGUAAAGGCGGCAUCGUUUUAUGGUGCUUUCAAGGCGUGAACGGCUGCUUCACGGAGCCCGUCAACGCUCUCAUACGGAGCGUUAUACUGCAGGAAAAGGGCAGCAAUAACUCCUUUAGUCAUGAAGCCCUGAUGCUAAAGUACAAGUUGGACAAUGAGUUCGAACUUGUCUUCGUGGUGGGUUACCAGAAGAUCCUCACCCUCACGUACGUUGAUAAGUUUGUGGAUGAUAUCCACAAGGAGUUUCGGGACAAAUACCGCAAUGAGCUGCAACAGAAAGGCGUGCUGGGGCUCAUAAAUGGCUCAUUUGAGUUCUCUGCUGAUUUUCAGAGAAUGCUUUGGGAGGCCACAGAAACUAGUAAAAUGAGUUUCCCAACUGUGAUGAAGACAUAUGAACAGUCCCUAAAGUCUCAGAAGACGGUUAAGUCGAUGAUUCAAAUUACUGGGGAGAAGGAGACCAAGAAAGGAAAAGCAGCCAAGAACGAAAAUGGAAAAGAAUCGCAGAUCUUGAAGUCUCCUGUUCCUGAAUCCACGCCCAAGGUUUCUGCAAAUGGCGAUCGCAGCUCCAAUGGGAUAAUAUUUGAGGAGAACAUUCUUAAAAAACCAGAGGAACUUUUCAGAAAACAGGCAAACAAAAAGAAAAUUACCAAAAAGACGAAAGCUCCAAAGCCAACAAAAACGGACCGUGUGUGGGAUUUCAAUGACAAGCCUGUGAAAGGAUUAUCCUACGGUCCAACAGAAAACACCGGCACAGAAGACAUCUCUACACCAGAGUCUCGUGAAAUGGUGGGAAGGAGAAUAGGAGACCUGCCAAGUGUGGAGUAUGAGAAUAUUGAAGAGGAAGAGGAUAAAGUGGAAAAAGUGGAGAAAGUGGUAGUUAAGCAAAAAUCUAACAAACAAAGUGGCCGAGGUAUAGGAGGAGUGUUUGGCAUGCUCAAAGGCCUUGUGGGAUCCAAGAGCCUGACCAGAGAAGACUUGGAGCCUGUGCUGGAGAAGAUGAAGGAUCAUCUCAUUGCCAAAAAUGUUGCCGCAGAAAUUUCAUCGCAGCUGUGUGAAUCUGUGGCAAAUAAGCUCGAGGGAAAAGUUCUGGGAACUUUCAAAACGGUCACGUCGACCGUGAAGCAGGCUCUGCAAGACUCACUCUUGAAAAUCCUGCAACCAAAGCGUCACGUUAACAUUCUGCGUGACGUGAUUGAAGCGAAAAAGAAGAAGCAGCCCUACGUCAUCACCUUUUGUGGUGUCAAUGGUGUCGGCAAGUCAACCAACCUUGCCAAGACUUGUUUCUGGCUGAUCGAGAACGAAUUCAGCGUACUGGUGGCCGCCUGUGACACCUUCCGAGCGGGCGCUGUGGAGCAACUGCGUACGCACACACGCCACCUCAGUGCGCUCCACCCUCCCGAGAACCACGGGGGUCGACCCAUGGUUCAGCUAUUUGAGCGCGGCUACGGGAAGGAUGCCGCCGGCAUCGCCAUGGAAGCCAAGCAAUUUGCCGCCACUCAAGGUGUGGACGUGGUGUUGGUGGACACUGCCGGCCGCAUGCAGAACAACACUCCCCUGAUGGUGGCCCUGGCCAAACUAAUUGCUGUCAACAUUCCUGAUCUGGUGCUGUUUGUGGGGGAGGCCCUUGUCGGCAAUGAGGCUGUGGAUCAGCUGGUUAAGUUUAACCGGGCCUUGGCUGACAACUCGCACAUGGAAAAGCCCCGACUGAUUGAUGGCAUUGUUCUCACCAAAUUUGAUACCAUUGAUGAUAAGGUGGGGGCAGCGGUUUCCAUGACCUACAUCACAGGCCAACCCAUCGUGUUUGUGGGCACCGGACAGACGUACUGUGACCUGCGCAGGCUUGACGUCGAGUCCGUGGUGCAUGCCCUCAUGAAACCAUGAAAUCAAACUUCUCGGACACGGGGUUUUUGUCUGCAAUGGUGGCAACAUGAAAGAAAAAAAUAAGCGUACGCUGAAAAGUGAAGAAAUUAACUGCGUUUGUUGAUAAAAUUACACAAAAAGCCCUGCGUUCAGAGAUAGGUUUUCAAGUUUUGCGCUGGUAAUAAACUUGUUAACCAUUAAAAAAAGUACUUUAUAAUCAUCAGCAAUUUAUAUUUGUCAGCAAAACGUUUGAAUGUUAUUAUGCUUAUAAAGAUUGCAUUUUAAUUCCUAAAAUAGUAAUUCCACCUUGAUUAAAUUGGACAUUAUGGAUCAUUUCUCAUUUGGGUUGUGUUUAGUUUUCUUUAAUGCACUUCAACUCGUGUAGUUGGUUUCUUUGACCCACCGCUAUACGUUAACCGACGUGGACAGAAGCAUGAUUUUAUUUUUCUGCUCACAUGUUGUGCCAGUGAAAACUUGUUAAGAAAAAUGGUUUUCUGUUGGCAGAAAAAAUGAAAUAAAAGAAUCAUGAACGAA